UUUAUUUCUUAACACUCUGAUUUGUUCGUAAAUUGUUUUUUUAUGGAUCCUUAUGUCUCUUAAAAUGCAAACAUUUUAAUGUACUGAACUGUUUUUGCUUGGCGUGACUAACAGCACUUGCUUAACUACUAACCCACUUCUGUUCCCCACUUUCCCACCUUGUGUUUGCAUGUUGUAUUUGCCAAAAGAUAACAGCAGUGUCCACAACUCGCCACACACACCUUGGCCUAGUAGGCCCCUUUUUACUGCUCAGGAAGAGUGUCAGGACCAUGCUAGGCAUAAUAGGGUGCGCUCUUUCUCCCCAUCCACUUCUGACUAUGAGGAGGACCACUGGACAGAUGUAAGACCUGGUUUUAAAGACCGCAGAGACACAGUCAAGCAGAGAAACCGGUCAGACCAUGAGCUACCCCUCGGGAGCCAUUCAGGACAAAACCACAGGACCUCUGCCAACCAGAAUGGCAUGACCAGACCCGUUCUAAAUGGAUGGAGCAAUGUUGUCCAACUGAUAAAGAAUGACCUAAGUGAGCAGGGCUACCUCAGGUACAGCUGUGAUGAUAAACUGUUUGAGCCUGUCUAUGAACUUGAAACAAUCUUAAGUAGGCGCCAUCAGGCCACAGAGCAGCCUGAGAAAAUACUGACCCGUCACAGCAGCAUGAGAGUAGGACAUAGUAGAGCAUGGCAAGAAGAGUGUGUGGGCAGAAGAUCGGACGGCAGGCUAGUAAGAAGGUUAAACAGCAGCAAGUCAAGAUCAGGUGAUGGACAAAGACAUGUACGCUUUCAGGAUGAUGAUCAAUGGAAUAAUGUUAACAGUGACCGUCAAAGGACAUCUGAAGGCAGACAUGAAAGUAUCCAAGCAGGGAGAAAUGUCCAGAUAGGCAGACCAGGAUCCCUGCAUGAGGUCAGCAGAACUUACAGCACAGGUGAUUUUCAGCAAGCCAGCAGGGUGAGGAGCUUCCCCUUGCAGAAAGAGCAAGGACCCUGCAGGUUCAGGGAGCGUGGGGGUUGGGAAGGACACAGCUGCAGGGUUCAAAGAGAGUCCCGGGAGAGUGCACACUCCUGCAGAGAUGAGUGGAGGCGGGAGGGAAGAGAAAGUAGACAGUACCGUGGAGAGCAUGGCAGGAGGCACGGUCGACGGCAGGGUUAUCCCGAGGAAAGGUCGAGCUCUGAAGAUGAAGAAGAGGAGAGGGAGAGGGUAUGGAGGAGGGAGGAGAGACAAGAUCCAAGACCCUCCAAUUGCAGCCUCAGUGUGUCCGGCAAAGGAAACUCACCUAAAGCAGGGAUAGUAAGAGACAGAACUUGUCUAGACCUGGGUGAACUUGAGCAGGUCCUGCGGGAUGAAGAACUCGCCCACAGACUCCAAGAAUUAGAGGAGAAAAUACACAGGCAGAAUUCUUCACUAGCCACUCCUUCACAGACACAGUACCCAGCAGGUGACUUCAGAGUAGCACAAGUCGCUCAAGAUGAGGAGAUUGCUCGCUUCAUACAGAAGGAGGAGUUAGAGGCUCAGAUGCGGUCUGGACAGCUGGAGCACUGUGGGCCAGUGCGGGGGUACAGAGAAAUGAGUCAUGUUUAUGACCACAACGGGGUCUAUGACCGACAGAUGCAGAGGGAGAGACUUGACUCAGAGGGGUUUGUUUCUCCUGGUUAUGAGAGCUCUCCAGAGCGCCAACCUUCCAGUCACACCACUAUAGCAGUGCAGCCGCAGCAGCACACCAGGAAUGUUGUUGAAGAUCUGGAUCCAACCUUUCCAAGGAAUGACAGUGGGCCAGCAGAGCAGGACACUGGCGGAACCUUACAAAUGCAAAGCACUUCACAGACAGCAUCAAACCUGGAACCUGCGUUUGUGACACCUACCAAACGGCACCUACCAAAGUCUUUAAGAAUAAAGUCCAAAGAGAAAAAAGAGAGCACUAAACGGAAAGGAAGCUGUAAGCAGCAGUGAUGUUGGCAAGGGUCAUGUACCUUUACAGUACUGAUGUAUUAUUAAUCAUGAGCACUGGCACUUGAACAACAGACAACAGGGCAUUUACCAGAACUUUAAGGGAUUUCCCAGGUUUUACUUUUGAUUUCUCUGGAAGGUUGGGGUCAGUUCAUCCUCAAGCUUCGCUGGCCAUAAUAAUGCAAAUGGGUUUCUUUACAGUUUAUUUAACUUUUAUUUUUAGGGGAAAAUAAAAAGACUCCAAUGUA